AACCAACCUUUUUUUUUUUUUUUGUGGCAUCGCUACAUGGAGACCGAUUGCCGAACCAACCUAACCUUAAUCGUUUCGAAUAUUGUUGACGGCAUUUUCUUCGCGAAAUUAAAUUUCACUGUUGCCACGUUUUCCUUGUCACAGACAUCACAUUGUUCUUCUGAUUAACAAGUACCGUAUUAUAACACACUGAAAAAAUGGCAGAAGACAGAGGAGAUGCCUCUGAAUAUAUUAAUAUUAAAGUUAUUGGUGAAGACAACCGUAUCAUCAAAUUUAAGAUGAGACAACAUACUCCGCUUAAGAAAUUAAUGAACGCCUACUGUGAGAGAACUGGUAGGGAUAUAGCCAAUACAAGAUUCCGCCAUUAUGGAGAAAGGUUUGAUGAAGAUGAUACUCCAUGUUCAACUAAUAUGGAAGAAGGUGAUACAAUAGAAGCCUUUCAAGCACAGAUUGGUGGUUGAUUUUAUUUUAACUAUGAUUAACUACUUAUAUUUUAUACAGAAGUUUAAAUCUCAUUUAUUAAUCAACAUUUCAUAUACAUCAUAUUAGUUUUUGAAACCUCAAUACUAAACAUUGUCUUUUUAUCUAUUCCGACCAAAUUAAUAAAAUUUUUAAAAAUGAAAAAUAUAAUUAUAAUUAUAAUCAACUUGAACAAUAUCAAGAAUUUAACUACAUUAAACAAAUAAAUGUUUUUUGUACAGAAUAUUAUAGAUGAAAUAUUUACAGUAAUAUUUUUUUUGUAAGCAAUUUAUUCUUAUGAUAAUUAUUAUUUUCAUACUCCUUUAGCUUAAUAAUAAAUAAAAUAUACCUAAUCAAUGAGGUUUUUUAAUCUGUUUAUUUAUUUUGAAUGAUUCACUAAAAUGUGUAAAUGCUAUUUUAAUUAUUGUGAUUAUUAAAACAAUAUAUUCAAUCCGAUUUUUUAAAAGGUGUUUCACUUAUUGUAUACAUUUUGCAAUGUUGAACAGGG